UAUUUUGAAGUGCUUCUCGUCUUCAGGAGGAGUAGUGCAAGCCAUGGCGACGGCCGUGGACAUAAGAGGCGUUGUGAAACACAUCGUGGACGGAACUUUCGAUGAAAAUCUGUGCAGGGUUUGUUUAUUACCCUUUGGAGAUGUUUGUGAGAAUAUUUUCACCACUGUAUGCAAAGGGGAUCAAGAAUUUUGUGUCGCUGAUGUCCUGAAGAACGUUUGUCAAAUACAGUUUUCAGAUUCAGACAAAAGCAACAUAUGCUCAGAAUGCUUCACUAAGGCAGUUACAGUGUACAAAUUCUAUCGCACAGCAAAAUACAGUGAGGAAAUACUAAAUUUCUACAUUGAGGACCUGGAACGAAGUGUGUUCUCAGUAGAAUUACCAGAACAACCUUCAAAUGACUCGAUUUGUAUCACAUUACCAGAUAUUGAACCUCAUUUUGGAUUCUUAGACAUCGAUCCUAAUAUUUGCACUAACAACUUUUCUUUAGACCUCUAUGGGUCUACAGUCAUGGACCAAGAAGUUAGUGUCAAAAAAGAGCAUGUAGAUAUUAAAAAUAAUUCAAAAUCUUUCCAAAAUGAUGAUGAUAACAUAGUGGUUGUUGUAAAAGAAAAUGGUGAACCCUUGUAUUAUAAAAUGAACAGCAAUAGUACCCUUGAAUUAGUAAGUGCUGAUAAAAAUGAAAAAAUCAAAGACGAAGUUCAAAAAGUCAGACAAGUAAGCAAAUUACGGAAAAAGAGGGAUCCUAUGGUAUAUAGAAAAUGUAGUAAAUGUCCUGUGAAGUACCGAUUUAUAGCAAAAUUAAAGGAACACAUGAAGACUGAUCAUAACAUUGAUCUUUUUGUUUGUAAAGUGUGCAAAGCAACAUACGAAAACGAAUUAGAAUUCAAUGUACAUCUAAAAACCCAUACAAACAUUCUCUGCUGUCACAUCUGCAAUGCAGCGUUUAAGAAACGUGACACCAUCAUAGCUCAUCUCCAAUGGCACGAAGAAACCGACAACAUGAGCCAGUUGGAAGGCGCUCAUGUCUGUGAACUGUGCGGAGUGAUCCUACCAGACGAGGAACGGCUGCAAGAACAUAAUGAUACGAAACAUGAUAAAAAAUACACUUGUUAUUAUUGCGGAAGAAUGUACAAAGGCGAACAUAGUUUUGAAAUGCAUAUUAAAAAACAUGAGUUAAAGAUGAAGCCAGAAGAUAAGCGCAAACACCUAGAGAAGACUAAACAAGAUACAGAGAACACAAAGUCCAGAAGCAAGCAGCUCAUGUGCUCCACAUGCGGAAAGUACUUCGUGGACGAACGCGCAUUGAUGUGGCAUACCAUGCUGCACACCAACGAGAGGCCUUUCAAAUGUGAUACGUGUGGUCGUGGCUUCGUGUCGGCAAACCGCCGUAACCAACAUUCGUUGUGCGCGCAUAGUGUGCCCACGCGACGAUGCCCGCUCUGUCCUGCACUUUUUCAUCUCACUUCUAUGGUCAAUACGCAUAUAAAAAAGGUUCAUCUGAAAGCACACAAACGCCGGAACCGCGCCAGCAAACACCUGAACGUGUACUGGCGCACGGAGGCCGUGCCGAUACAGGAGCUCAGUGUGGACAUCCAGAACGAACUCCUCGAGCUGCAGGCCAAGGACGCCAAAUCCCCGGUGCUAUACGACACGGGGGAUAUUGACUGGACUACACAGAAUCCCGCGUGACCCUGACGAAUGAUUUGUAUUUAUAUCUUUGUUAUUUGUAAUUUGAUUCUUUAAAAAAGUGAAACCUUACAUAAUUAUGAACUUAAGUUAUAUGUAAAGAUAACAUAUUUAUAUCAAUAAAACAUUAUAA